AGGAAAUUUUUAAAAACUUUAGAUUACAAAUUAAAAAUACUGAAAGAUUUGGGCCAUACGGUAAUAGGCUCUGUAAAUGUUUUUCUAAAUUUUUAUUUUCCUAUUAAAAUUUCAAUUUGACGAUUAUGUAGUUGUAAACAUAAAACUAUUAGUCAGGCAUCUCAUUUACCCAAAACACGAUUGUCAAAAUGAAAAAAUUUUCUUCUCAAUAUUGAAGUAACAAACACAAGACACAAGAAAAAUCGUUAACUAGAAAACGCAAAAAAUAUUCUUGAUUUUAUGCAGUUUAACAACGCAAAAAUAUGUUAUACACCUAAAAAAUUGUUGUGAAAAUAUCUAGCAAGUAAUUCUGCAAAUAGUCUCUACAAAAGCAAAAAAGAAAAAAAACGAAAUAUUUCUUCAUCAUUUUUGUUGUUGCUGCUGGUAGUUGCCACUUACGCGUCACGCAACAAUUACAUUUCAUUUAUAUGUGAAAAGUGCUAAUAUAGUGUGUAACUGAGAUACAACUAACAAUUAACCAGGAAGGAGCAAACAAUAUUGUCAGCAAAAAUCCUACAGAAUGUUUUGGGAUACCAAGGAUCCGCCUUCACAUAACAUAGAGAUUCUACUGGAAUCACCGGAUACCAAAGUCGAGGUGUUUUUGGAUGAGGACAACAUUAUACAAGAAUGUAAAACCCUAAAGAAAAAUAUUGUUAACUAUUUUACUCGUCCUGAUGUUAUUAGACGUUUGAUUGAGUUAAUAACUACAGAACCUCCAGAGGAAAUGCCCCUAUCGGAACGUUUUCGUCAUGCUAACAUUGCUAGUGAAAUCUUAACAAUGGGCCUACCGUCCUUAGAUGAAAAAUUACUCGCCGAUACAGAUACAUUAAACAUGUUAUACUCAUAUCUGGAAAAUGAACCACCGUUAAAUCCCUUGCUAGCAUCAUUUUUUAGCAAGACAUUUAGCAUGCUCUUUACUAAAAAGUCUGAACAAGAUUGGUUUUUGUAUCAACAAACGUGCCUAAAACUUUUGGAAUAUUUAAAGACGAAAAGUAGUUUUUUGGAUUUGAUAUGUAAACAUUUCAGUACGCCCAUCGUGCCCGAUCUCAUAAUGGAAAUGAUGCGUAACGUCGAGGGUGUUCAACUGAAAAGAAGCUUAUUCGAAUGGUUGAAUGAGGAACGACUGGUGGAAAAACUUAUUGAAAUUAUUGGUGAUCCUGAACAAAGUGAGAAGCACGCUAAUGUUGCUGAUUUUCUCUGUGAUCUUAUACAUCAGGGGCGUACAAUGCGUCAAGAUGUUGAUACUUUUGAACCUGCUUUUGAGGGUUCUAAUCCUAUAUUAAAAAAUAUUGAAAGUGCAACCACUUUAUUAGCCUUGUUUAAUGUGAUUUUGCAACCAAAUGCUUUAGAGAGCGCUAUUGUAUCGGGCAUAACGGUUGUACUUAAGAUAAUAAAACCUGUUAGAGUGACAGAUGAACGAAAUAUGGAACGUUUGGUGAAUUAUCUUGAACGCGAGCUAAAAGUUCAUGAUGAAUUUUUAACAACUGUGAUUCGUGUUAUUGAACCUCAACUAAAACAAUUUAAUGAAUUGCUUAAGAACCCGCCAAAAAAACCCGAUAUUCUUACAUCGGCAGCUAAUUUAUCGCCACCGUUUGGUAUGACCCGUCUGCAAAUUUGUCGUCUCUUUACCGUUUUAUUGGAAACCAAUAAUGAGGAUAUAUUCAAAGCAAUUUGCGAAACAGAUUUUUUUGAUAUUUUGCUUUCACUGUUCAAAGAAUACUGCUGGAACAACUUUUUGCACAGCGAAGUCGAGAAGUGUUUACACUUUAUUUUCCCCUACGCUACAGUUCCCAACUCUAAUACUAACAACAAUUCAACGCAUGUAAGUGAUGGCUCAAAAGAUAAUAAAAACGGGGUUAAUGAGUUUAAAGUUGAGGUCGAUAAUACUAAAACAACUACAACAACAACAACAACAACAACAGCUAAUAGUACUCCGUCCCCCAUACAAACUCAUGCUAUUGUUAAUUGCAAAAUAAUAUCGAAACUAAUUGAAUGUUGGAAAAUUAACAAGGAUAUAGAAUCUGCUGAAAAAGGACGCCGUUUGGGUUAUAUGGGUCAUUUGAUAAAAAUUUUUAAUCACAUUACACAGUGUAUAUCAGAAUCGGAACAUAUCGGUGCCUUAAUUGAGAGCAAUCUUCAAGACGAUAAUGAACGUGAUUUAUGGCAGUCUAUUGUCAAUACAACUGAUGGUGAUCUAACAAAGGCCUUGAGUACACAGAAAAAAUUAUUAGCCAAUCACGAGCCCUGUUAUUACAAUUCAUUACAAACAUUAGAUUUCUGUACUGACAAUAUGACAGAUGCUUUCAAUGAAAUUUGUUCUUUUAUGGAUUCAUCUGACGCAGAUGUAAUUUUUACACUUGAUUACAAUACUCAACUUGAUGAUCACGAUUAUGAUGACGAUGAUGGUGAUGAUGAUUAUAAUAAUAUUGAUAAUGAUAAUAAUGAGGACAAAGAUAAAGACCAAAGCAACGAUCAUGUGAAAAAUGCUCUAAAUUUGUUUCAGUUCGGGGGCAGCAACGACGAUGAAGACGGUGACGAUGACCAUAAUGCAGCAGCCUCUUUUGAGGGUGAUGGUGGUUUAUCGUUUUAUGAACAACCUCAUGUUAAUCCCUUCAUGGAAGAUCCUUGGAAGAAUUCUGACGAUGCUGACGAUAUGGUGUUUGAUCUCUUUAGAACAAAGAACACUGAAAAGGCAACAGCUUUUGCAGAUUUUGAAGCAUACUUUGGUAUGGGCGAUUCAUCGACAUUAAACCAUCCAACUGAAUCUAAAGUUACCGGUACAGAGUCAGCUGCUGCUGGCAUCGGCCUUACUAACACAACUAGUUCUGAGGAGUAUGAUAAUAAUGCUAACGUAGAAAAGUCAUCAUCAUGGAGUGGAGAUUUCACUACAUUCCAAAUUCCCAAAAAAGACACACAGUAUACUAGUAAUUUUGUUGAUGAUUAUGAAGACGAUGAAGGUAUGUGGACAAAACCAUUGGGAGCUGCUGCUGCUGCCGCCUCAACUAAUACGACUGUUGAACAGUUUGAAAUGGAAAACGAAAAAUCGGUAGAACCGACAAAUCAAACGCUUGAUGAGUGUAAAACAAAUACGAUUAGUAACGGUCCCUGUAUGUCGGAAGAAGGUGAACAUGUGCCAGAAGAAUCUACAUCAUCACUGAAUCAACUGAAUAAUUCAAUCGAAGAUAACACUUUAGUUGAUCCCCCAACAGAAGACAUCACAUCGAAUGCAACUAAAGAAGAAACUGUUAAAGAACUCAAUAAAGAUUUAAAUUUAAAACAAGAAGAUGAAGAAACAACGUCCAAGCACAAAUCACCCACAGACGAUACAAACGAUACUGAGACCACUACCACUAAACAGUUGACAACUACAGCGACUGCUAACGAAGAAAUAUCAGACGGUUCUAAUACAGCAGCAGCAGCAGCAACAACAACAACAACAACGUAAAAAUAGAAAAAAUUAAAAUUUUACUGGAGAAAAAAAUCCACAAAUAAUACAAAAAAAAAACACACAAUUAUAAAAAAGUCACUAUCGCACAUUCGAAAUUGGAAUAAACAAUCCAUUAGGUAAAGAGCAAAAAACAUAAAACAAAUAUAACAAAAACUCUUUCAAACAAACACACACACACACCCAACACACACUUUAAUUGUCAAUGUGGUAUAUUUUUACUUCGAAACUUUUUUGUCAGUCUCAAAAGCAUUUCGCUACCAAUAACUAUAGAAUUUAUAAGUGUAUAACUAAUUUGUUUCUUUUGUUUUUGUUAACAACUUGAAAAUAUGAAUGAUCAUUUAUUUGUUGUAUUUGUAUAUUAAUAUAACGCCAGAGACUGCUUAAGAGAUGAAGUAAAAAUAAUAAUUAUAAUAAACAUAUUGUUUAGUUAGAGUUUUGUUAAAUAAUCUAUUCAUAUUAACCCGCCCAUUCUUCCUCUUUAUACUUAAAUAUUUAAUAAACAAAAAG